AUGAACUCUAUCCAAUUUCUGGCAAACACCGUGGAUAAGGCGUUCAACCCUGCGUUUCCGCCGGAUCAGAAGUCUCCAUUAGACAUUGACGAUUCAGCCAUUGUCACAAGGCAGCUCGAUCCUCCAGUACAAUUCCAAAAUGAACAGCAACCUGCAUUCGAUGAGGAGGAGGAUACCGACGAUCCAUCGUCUUUUAGCACUCUUUUAAGCAUCUUGUUUUUUAUCCCAAAGCAUAUCAUUGUCAACCCGUUCGUACUGGUUCUUUAUAUCGUCACGUACCCUGUGAGGGCACUGAUAAAUGUGUUUAGCAAGAAACAAGCUAUGCAACAAACGACGCCCGCUCCACAAUCCAAUGACACUAGCGCAGAUCAGGUACAUGUUCUCCAGCCUCAGAGGUCUCGUGAAGACCCUGCAACUCAAAUCACCACCAUAAUGGAGGAAGACAUAGAGUUUGAACUGGAUAAGAGCGAGGAUCCGAUAAAAUCACCAACCGGCCCGGUGGCCUCUACCAGUGCAAUUCGACAACCGCCACAGCAACUACAUAAUACAGAACGCAGGAAGAACAUACGCCAUAACAAUCUCAUGACGCCUCGGAAAAAGAAGUUUAUCUUCCCUAAACUGCUGUUCAACUUUAACAUUAAUCAUCCUCCAAACCUGCCACAAAAAACGCUUGUUCUUGAUCUAGACGAGACCCUUAUACAUUCUCUUUCGAGACACAACUCAUCGAUUCUCAACAAGAAUAAAGGAACCACCAUUGAGAUCCGAAUCAAUAGUCAAUUGGCUACGCUAUAUCAUAUAUAUAAACGACCUUACGUGGACGAGUUCUUGUCGAUAGUCCGCAACUGGUUCAACCUCGUGUGCUUCACUGCCUCCAUCAAGGAGUACGCCGACCCGGUGAUCAACUAUCUGGAACAAGAGGUCAUGCUCAAGGACAAAGGAGACAUUUCGCAGAAAAAGCUGUUCAGCCAACGAUUUUACCGAAACAGCUGUAUUUUCACCGAAGGCAAAGGUUAUGUGAAGGACCUCGGGGUCCUGACUGGUCACCAAAGAGAGAGACCAUCCACACCAACCGCCUCGCCACACCCUCCAGGAACAAACAAUUCGAACGAGACCGUCAAUUCUGUUAGAGACCGUUCUGCAAGCAGAACGAGAGGAUCUUCCGUGGGAAGAUCAGCAACAGACCUUAGCAGGGUCAUCAUAAUAGACAACUCGCCAAUCAGUUACAGCUUUCACAAGAAGAACGGAAUCAUGAUCGAGGGUUGGAUCAACGAUCCUGAUGACUCCGAACUAAUGAAUUUGCUGCCUCUGUUGAACAGCCUCAGAUUCACCAGCGAUGUCAGAAACAUUCUCGGACUCAAGCUAGGCCAAGACGUUUUUGAGUGAGUCGCAAGGCCAUACUUUAUGAGUAACGUAAUAAAUAAAUCAAUUUCAUGUCCCUUGUUGACCGCCUCUCAUUGGCUUCACAAUUCUCAGGUUGAGUCCUAUUCGAUUUUUGGUAGACGGCCGUGUGCGCGAUGAAAUGCUCGACCCAGAAUUCUCCUUCUCUCCUGACAAUGUCCGCUGCUUCAAUGAUCUAUGGGAGGACACGCGUCCUUUCAAAUGAUUGAGUUUUUGCUCAAAUAUCUGUGAAUCCUGCUCCACAAGCAUCUCCUGCGCUUUCAACUGUUGCUCCAACUCCUUGAUCUUGUUGGUUUUCUGGUUGCUCAUCAGCUGCAACGCCUGGAUAUCCUUUUUCAAUUGUCUAUUUUGUCCCUCGAUCUGCUCAAUGUGAUCAGAGAAAUGCUCGAUGGCCUUCUCCAAAGCCUCGAGUUUUGAAGUGCUUUCAAGAGAAUCAUUCGCCUUGCUUUCAAGCUCGGCUAUGUGUGCAUUUUUUUGCUCCAGCUCUCUGGUCAUGGCUAGUUGAGACGACUUUAGCAUCAUGAUCUUAUCGUUCAGUUUGGCCACUUCGUUCGACGGAGUGGUCAUGUUCAUGAGUUCCUUGAACUUUGCCAACUCUUCCUUCAACUGUCCAUUUUCCUCUUCCAACUCCUGGUUCCGCGUUUCCAGUUUCUGUAUCUUUCGGACGUUUUCUUCGUUAAUCUUGGCUUGGUCAAAGUAUCGUUUCUUGAGCUCAUGAUUACUCAAUUCGCUAUUAAUGUGGACGCUAUUUUUGAUAUAUUUGGCUCUGGACCCGAACCUGAGCGUGGAAAGCGUUUCCUGAUCAUUGAGCGAAGAAGGCGAACAGUUGAUAAUAAGCGUGGUUCGGGAGUUUCCUCCGAGAGACUCCUGCAAUAUACGCGUGAGCUUGGAAUCUCUAUAAGGGAUAUGCGUGGACUUGCCGUCCGUGAGAGAGUUUAUGACAUUGCCAAGAGCAGAGAGCGACGAGUUGAUUUUCUUGGCCUCCUCUAAUAGCUGUCCGGAGGCACCUGUUUUGUCGAUUUUCUCUGAACCCG